AGGCAUCUUUAUUAAAUUGUUCAUAGGUUGCUAUGAUUCUUGGUACUCAAAUUCGAGAGAGAGUAAGAGCCAGGGCAAUGGAAGGAGUUGAUCCUACAUCGGAGCCUCCGCCGCUACACCCCGCUAUAGCUCCUCUCUCGUUUCUGCUUGGGAAAUGGCGAGGCCAGGGGGAAGGCGGGUUUCCCACCAUCAACUCUUUCGUCUACGCAGAAGAAUUGCUCUUCAACCACUCCGGCAAGCCAGUGAUAGCGUAUAGCCAGAAAACAUGGAAGCUCGCUUCUGGAGAGCCCAUGCAUGCCGAGAGCGGCUACUGGCGGCCGAAGCCGGAUGGCUCCAUCGAAGUGGUCAUCGCCCAAAGUACCGGCCUAGUCGAGGUCCAGGUGCUAAUCGCUACUUGUCUGCUCAUAUUCCUCUAAACUGGCUCAAAUUAGUUGCCUAAAUCUUUUGAAUAUCAUAUUGUAUUGAUCACCAUUGAGAGCAAUUCCAAGCACCGGGCACUUGCUUUGGGAUUUAUGACAAUGUGGAUCCAAAUUACUAAAUGAGUUGAGAUGCUCCACAGUCAAUCCCUUAAAAGAUGUUUUGUGACGGUCAAGUCUUUUUUAGUAUUGUAAAGA